AAAUGUUGACCUCCAUUGCACCGACUGUUUCGCAUGCAGCGAAUGACUUGGGGUAGUGUCUCUUCAAUUUGUACCCUGAAAAACCAUCGUUUUUAUCAGUUUAUUGAAUAAAGGAUGGGUAUUGCUCGCAUAGAUAACUUGGACGGCAAAGAACCGAUCAGGAAUGUUUUGAACACGACGGCUGUAGGCGGUGCUGCAGGUAUCGCCUACUCGGGAACGAAUCUUGUUAUGUUCUUCCCUAAGACAUUCGGAGAAGCAGUAGGAAGGUCCCUUACCCACACAGCAACAUUCGCCAUGAUGGGCGCAGUUUUUGGAGCAGGAACUACUAUAUCAGCAUCUGUAAGAGGAAAAGAUGACCUGUACAAUUAUUUCAUCGGUGGAUGCUUGUCAGGAGUCAUGCUUGGAGCUAAGACUCACAGUUACCCCAUUGGAUCAGGAGCUUGUGUUGGUUUGGGCUCCCUGGCGGCAUUCUCCAAAUUAUGGCAUAGGCAAGGAUGGGGUCCUGUCGUCCCCAAACCAACAUACUAAUAAAGAGAUGAUAUAUUUAUGUUGAAGAUAUUUGUCGCAUAAAGUGACGCCCAGUUCGUACUUCCAGUCACAUGGCUGUUUUCGCAGCAAACGUUUCGCAGCAAUUGAGCACGUUUCAACUGCUGCGAAUAAGUUGUUGCGAAUUUGUGAUGUCAACAUUCGUAUCGCAUUUGCAUUCGCAGGAAGUACGGACCGGGUUUUAGUAACCUUUCAGAGACAUGCAAUAGAAUCAGCUUGUUUGAACAUUUAGCAGCCCUUGACAUCAAGAGUGUAAACCUUAGUCGAGGACCAACCUCUUCCAGGCCUGGAAUUUCAUCUUUGAGAAGGCGAGGCCAUUUUUAUUUUGCAAAGAGUACUUCCAUUUGAAAAUCUUAAAAUUCUAUGAGGAAUUAAGGCCAAGACCAAGGUAACAGAGGCUAUGGCCUCCAUGUUGUUCAAGGUCUGCCCCCUACCAUCUCCUAAGGUAUGGUGCAUUAACUACAGUUGAUAAUGUUUUGGGAUAUUUGAUCUCAAUUGAAAUGUUCCCAAACCAAGAGUGACAACCAUUCUUUAAGUACGACUACAUAGCGAAAAUUGUUCUGAUAUUAUUUUGGUCUCUGAAGGGUUACAUUUUCAGUAUGCAAUUUCAUUAUGUUUUUUGCUUUAGGAGCGUCUUGAAAGUCAGACAUGUUCUAGGCACGAAAGGACUGAUCCCUAAGGCAUACGUCUGCAAUUUAGUAGAGUGCUAGGACGUUCUGCUGAACUGCUGCAUUGUUCUGAACUAUGAGAACAACCCUACUCAUGUGAUUAUUAGCAGAGCAUUUUGAACAUUCCAAUAAAAUGUUCAGGCGAUCUAACAGACCAGUCCACAUAUGCCUGCUGUAGAAAUUACUAACUGAUCCAAUUAGUUCUACUGUUCGGACUUUUGAGACGCUUUCUACACACAUGCAUGAUUUGUUAAUAGUAUAAUACUUGAGUCAUUUCUCCAAGUUUUGUUUACUUUCUUGAGACCAGAGCUUGAUUACACAAAGCAGUUGUCAGUGUAGAUUUCACAAAGCAGUUGUCAGUGUAGUGAUUUGUUUUGUGACAACAUUUUGCUUAGAAAUUCAGAUUGAUACACAGUUAAGAUCAAUCAAUAGCUCUUUGUGAAAUAUACCCAUCGGCCAACUUCACAAACCAUUAUUAAGCAGGAACUUGUUGUACUGACAAAAGUUAGCAGCAAACCAGUCACAAGCAAUCUUAUGGUAUUUGGCUGGUCCCCAUUUUAAUUCAGCAAUAAUUUGUGUGUGCUAAGAGAUUUAUUGUACUGAACAGCUUUAUGGAAUUGUUGCCUGUAUCCAAUUUCAUUAAGCUGUUUUAGAAAAUUGCUAAGCAACAUUUUCUGCUAAACAGUUAAGCAGAAAAUGUUGCUUAGCAAUUUUCUAGGCCGAGCAAGAAAAGAACGGGGCACCAGUCACAACAAUGGUUACUGUUUGUAUUUUGGCUGGUAACCUAUUUUUGCAAAGCAAAGGUUUUUGGUGCUAAGCAAGUUUUUGUGUUUAGAGGCGUUAUGAAAUUGGGCCCAGGGCUCAAGGUGAUAAAAAGCCAAUAAGAAGAAUUUUUUUUUUCACAAAGCAUCCAGUCAAGAAUCUUUUUUCUUCCCCAUAACAAGUGGCACAUGAAGGGAAGAAUUUAAAAGUAAUCAAAACUAAAACUGGCUCUCUUAUCAUAUAGAAACUUUGCAGUUUGUUUGGGAGAAAUUUUAAAGAGAUGAUGUGAAGUUAUUGCAUAACAGUGGAGCGUCUGAUUUCAGUGAAAGUCAGACGAACUGAAUGUGUCUCUCUGGAAAACCCUUAUUUUCCUCUUGUAAAUAAAAUAAUUGAUGAAUUUAACAGAAAGUG